AACGUACUGAUUAUUUAUAUGCUCUUUUUUUAAUAUCAGUGCUUUCAAUAACUUUUUUAUGGUGGUGAAAUGAAAAACGGUACGGAAAGUAGCCAAAUGUAUGAACUCUACCCCUUACAGCAAUUGCUAGAUGAUAAUAGAAAGUAACCCGUGAAAUAGUGAAUAUAUAUUUAUAAUUAUGGUCUCAAUUUAAUUUCAGGAUGCCAAAUCAAAUAAAGCACCGACUCGCGCAACUACAGAAAAUAUUGAAAAUGAUAAACUUUCAGCACCUCAAACUCGGCACCUCGUCAUAAAAUCGUACGAAGAUCUUAUAUGAAUGUCGUAUCUCUGACUGAACAGGAUAUCUCAAUAUGGCAACUGAAAAGUCAGUAAAAACCUUGAUUUUAAUUGGGGCUGGAGUUCUAGCUGGUGCAAGUAUCCUGCUUGGCGUUGGAAUUUGGUGCCUCGCCUUUGUGGAUGUGCCUGUGUCAACGAAAUUCUACUGGGAGUACAUGCUCGUAAACAAAUGUAACGACACCGAGAUAGGAAUGCCCUGCAUCAACUUCACGACCUCAAAUACGCCUGAUCGCAAGGGUUUGUACAAGUGUGACUGCGAAUUCCCUUUGGAGCUGAAACAUGACCUUCAGGGCGCGGUCACUUUGUAUUAUGAACUGCCAGAGUUCGACCAGACCAACACGGCUUAUGCAUCCUCCAAGGAUGACCAGCAGUUGACGGGGAAACCGGGCGACCGUCCCGCGGAGUCAUGCGGUAAUUUCAGCUACAGCAACAAUACGCCCAUUUUUCCCUGUGGCGAAAUAGCGGACUCUUUAUUUAACGAUACUUUUACUCUGAAAAAAGUAGUUUCAGAAGAAGAGGAGGUUACCCUAGAAGUAGAAUAUACGAAUUUAGUGACCGGCGACACAUCUAAAUACAAAAACCCUCCUGAAGAAGUACGAAAUAAAUUUACGAGACCAAUAAAUUGGGGUGGAGAUCCCGACACGCAAAAUCUGCCGUGGGAGACUGGUACGAGCCUAAAAGGUGUUGAGAACCCGGCAUUCCAAGCGUGGAUGGAUACGAAUCUGAAAAGCAAGCCAGUGUGGCGAGUGAAGAAGAAGGGCGAGUAUGAGAAGGGGUUGCCGGCCGGAAACUACAUUAUGUUUAUUGAAAUGCAUUAUGGAGUUGACCGAUACGGCGGGCCGAGGGUCAUGAUACUCGAGGGAAUGUAUACUGAAACGUCCCGGAGGAGCACGGCCGGAGGCGUUUGUCUCAUACUGCUUGGGUUACUUGGACUCGUGCUUGGAGCUGGAUACAUAGUAAUGCAACGCAAGAACUGGAGUCCAGAAUGGGCGGCACAAUAAUAAAAAAAUGGGAGAAGACCGCUGGAAAGCUGCCUACAGGCGAUAAGGCUUUUGAAAAAAAAAACCCUAAAAUCUGUAGGCUUUUUUUAAUAUGUUAAACGUACCUACUAAUAGCAACAUUUUUAACCAACCAUAGUAGAUAGUCCUUUUGCAGCUUGCUGUACCAGGAGGAGUCUUCCUAAGGCCCACGAUCCUACCCAUAUUACUAAUUACUUCAAAGUAAUUAAAACUAUUUUCAAUUUUAGCAGUUACAUUUCUUUUGUUUAUUAGAUUUCAAAACAAAUGAAAUUUAACCAUAUUUCCUAGAUAUUUGGUUUCGAAUUCAACUGACAUGUUUGCUUGAAUGAUGGGCCUUAGGAGGAUAGAUAUGGUUUACGAAUGAUCUAUUAACUGUGUCCACGAUUGUAUCAGCAGUUGCAUGUUUGCACACACAUGUACUUACAAGUUACUAACUAAAAGCAUAUGGCAUGAUUGAUUCGUGUUCCAUGUAGUCUGUUACAAGCUUACGAUAUAAGGCGUUUCUGUCAAUUGUUUUGUGUGAUACGACCCUGCAGCACCCUCAGCUUUGUUAUGGGGUCCCCCGCGGUUUCCAUCGAUUUUUGACAAGUUCUGAGUCGUUACUCCUGCAUUUGCACUACAGAUAGAAUUAUAAGACAAACGGCUUUCGGUUCUUCGAUCUUUUAUCUCCAUUCUGGUGUGCCGAAUAUUGAAAAAAAUUUAUACUUAUUUUUUAAGAUUUUUUUAAACGUUGUCUCAAAAAACACUUUUUUUGUUACUCAAUUGCUGUGCAGUUACGUUCUACUGGUCAGAUAUUUUAAUUUUAAAUUAAUUAACACAAAAGUUAUGGCCAGGUUUUUUGUCUAAAAUUUUCAACUUUAAUGCCACAUAUCUUGAAGACAAUGAACAUUGAAGUAAAUAUGAGAUAGUAUAUUGCUUAAAACAGUUGCUGUUAAUAUGAUAACUUGAUAAGCUACUAAAACAUUAGAAAACUAAGGGAUUCAGAUCGAAGGUCAUUGGCGCCAGAGAGCCCCUUAAUAAAAUAGCUUAAUACUAGUUAUAAAUUCCUUGCACUUGGUCCAGCUGCCGAGCGAAUGUCUUCAAAGUACUAAAUUAUAUGUAACAGGUAAAUCGCCUUUUUUGACCCGAUGUAUUGACAUGAGUUUCAGCGGUCAUGGUCGUUAAAAACAGAAAUCCCACCGAUUUUAUAAAAUUGUUUUUAAAUCACAAAUUGGAACAAUCACCCUUACUGAUAACGUCACCCAAGGCACCAACAGUCUGUUGUGAUGACUUCUUUGGUGUACAGAGAACGUAAGACGGUGAACUCUAAUUUCUAUAAAUAUCUAUAACUAUUAAAAAAAAAAAAAAUCACAAUUUCGUUAUUUUUAGUACAUACCACACCACAAACUGUUUGAAUUUAUUGAAGCUACUGACGGUCGACCUGUGGUUCCGCUGGGUAGUAUCACACACUUUUUUUUAUUCCUUAGCACAGAACUGGUAAUAUGUAUGUACACAUGUACAGAAGCUCCACUGCCUAACUAAACCGGCUUUUGACAGAUGAAGACCACGAAUAUAGAUGAAGUCGUAGUUCAGGAUUCGUAAAUACUAUUUUACAGCUUUUCCGAGAAAAAAUAUCUACUCAUGUGGUACUCUUAGUUUCGUUCACUGUAGAAAAAAAACACCUUACCCCCCCCCCCCCCCCCUAUCCUCUAUCGAACCUCGCGUGAUUUGUACACAAGCUCUUGUCAAUGUCACUUCGCUUUCAGUAUGGAUCAGACGAAAAAAGCCAAUGAAAAAAGAUCUUCAGCUACUUAUUAGAUUCCGAAGAACAUCAUGGGGUAGUCGGUAGUUUUUAUGGUCCCCUAUCCUUCGUUCGAUCCGUACUGAAACCGACACCAUAUUAACACAUAAGUAAUAAUAAGUAUGACCAAAAAAACGCAUUUAUUUGUAUCCAAUAAGAACUCAACGUUUUUUUUUCUGUUUAUAUGUCUUUAUAAUAACGAUAUUAAUUAUCUACCAUAUUGUAUUAUCAUAUAACAGCAGGCAAAUGUACCUAUCUUAUAAACAUACCCCGGGUUUGGAUGCGGGAAAUAUUGUUUGUAUUUAUAACUUUGUGUAUUGUAAAAUAGUUACUAAAUUAUUAGUUCAAAAUAAGUAUUAAACUCCAAAUGUAUUAUUUUUACAGUUUUUACCGCACCUAAAAUUCCCGGGUAUGCUUAUUAUAACUUAAUGUUAAGAUAUAGGAUAAGAUGAAAAAAAUUAUACAUAAGCAUCUCACCCUUAUUUAGAUUUGUGAUUGAACGUUUUCAACUUGUUUAUGUAAGUAGGAAUACAAAUAAAAUAUCCCACCCGUUGCAUUGUGAUACCCUUUAAGGUUUCGAAGAGGUUUUUUGUAAGAUAUUGUUUUUUUAUGUUAAGCGCUUCAAAAAAACCGACUAUUUCGAUUUACAAAAUUUAUUUGAAUUUCCUGUGUCGUUUUUGUGUGUGUGUGUAAUGUAAUGGCAUUUUUUUGGGCUAAGCCGGUAAUUUUUUUUCUGGGAAGAGAUAAUAUCUCUCUGCUGAUAAGAUAAGAGAUAUAUAACUAGGUUAGGUACACACGAUGAAAUUUAAUCGGUGAUCAGGAACCAUUUUUUUUAAAUCGGUAACCGAUGGCGAUUACAUUUAUGUAGCUCUUAACAACUUUUUUUUAUCAUAGAAACCUAAUUUUUAAGUUGAAUAAAAUUUUAUUUGAAAUUUAUUGUCACCCUACCAAUGGUUUUAGUUAAUCCAAAGAGUUUAAAACUUCUUUCAAAAGUAACAGCCAUAAAAAACUAAAGACUUAGGAGCUGUCAAUUUGUCAUUGUUAAAUUCCCCGCCAAUACAGCCGAGGAAAUGGAUUCUUUAGCAGUUUGCGGUUCAAGUAUUUAAAUUUGGUUAUACCUACAUACUAGCUGUCCAAUGUUAAGUGAAACGUAAACUGCUAAAAAAUGAAUUUCCUCGGCCGUAAAUCGUGUACAUCGGGUACUUCCCUUCAAUAAAGCAAGGGUAUCAUUAACUGUAAUUAAUUAGAUGAUGAAGUAAAUUGCAUGAGAUUUCGCAUAUUGAAUUCUAUUUAAAUUUGUAAUUAAUAUUUUUUUACUGAUCACCUAUUAAAAUUCACCGUGUAUAUGCGGGGUCUGCAUAUUUACAAGCCAACGCAACGUUCCAAAUAAUAGAUUAUACACCAAGGGGAUAAAGUACUGUUUUAUGUCACGGGCGCGAUAUUAAAUCCUAAACGUAAGGAAGCGAGGGGGUUAUUAGUUAGUUAAUUCCGAUUCCGAGCGAAGCGAUUCCAUAUAUUUCCGACAUGAUUAUUAUUUUUGUAAAAUGUAAAAUUGUUAUGGAAUAAAUGAUUAUCUAUCUAUCUAUUACUUAAGAUUGAGUCCUGACCUGAGUGUAGUGAGGGAUUCAAGCGCGCUCAAGACAUAAACAGCUUUAUCUCCGAGGAGUAUACUCUACUUUUCUUACCUCCUGCGAGACAAUAAAAAAAACUAAGGCUACGAGAAACAAUAUUUUAUUAAUAUAAAUCAAAAAUGGAAAUGAAUGAUUAAUACAUAGCGUCAAGCGUCUUGUAGCACUCGCGGCUUUUGUUUUUUUUUUUUUUUUUUUCAAUUUAUUUAUUCAUAAACAAUAUUCAACUUGUGGCGGCCCGUACGAUUUUCGAAUAAAUAAAUUCUAUUUUCAAAUCGGUGCGGCGCCGGGCUUCACGAAAUUAGACUUUAAAAACAUAAUAAUAAGAACUACGAGAAGUGAUAUCACAUUAUAACCUUAUAUUAAGUUUAUGUAUAAUGAAAUUCAGUACAAUAUUACUACCCGGCUAAAACCAAGGGCUAUAAUGAUUUGCUUUCGGUAAGGUUUGCAUGAUAUAUAAUUUGGCAUUGUCGAGCAGGUGGUGUGAAAAAUAUAUUUACACGAAUGAAUUGUCACGAGUAAAUAUUUAUAUUUGUGUAACGGUGGCUUGUAAAUAUGUUUGUGAGCUCAACACAAACGUAUAGUCAGACGCGACUUAUCUUUAGCUUAGUGACAGACGUCAAACACCAAGAAUGGCGAACACAAUUUGUUCUCGCCAAAUUCGAUUCGAUUUGUUCGUUGUUGCUGUUUGUUUUUGUUGUUGUUCUAGGAGUACUUACAUAUAAGUCAAUGACAUAAUAAGGAGGUUUGUUCUGUUCUUUACUCAUGUGAUCGAGCCUCUGGUUUUCUCGGUCAAUUUUUUAUUAAAUAAUCUUGAUUGUUUUACUUAGUCAGUCUUUCAUAUAUUAUACAAUAAUGUUUAUUUUGAUGUAUUAUGAUUUAAGUAUUAGUUUUAAUUUAUAUCUUAGAUUUAAAUUGUAAUCAAGCCAUCAUUUCGAUUAUGUAUUUUAUUUGCUUCAAGUUUGUACAAAAAUACCCCGAAAUAAUUAACUGGGGAGUAUCAUUGUUGGUCUUUAUAUACUACAUUACCUUUAUAUGCUACAUUGAAUAAUUAACUGAAUGUCUAAUGGUUCAUCAACAUGUCAAAGGCCCUAACGCGAAAUACGAAAACCAUUAUUUUAUCUUCUAUUCUAUCGCUCGAAUAUGCAAGAACGAUAUAAAGAGUUUUCGAUUUUCGUUGUUCGCGUAGGGUAGGUAUAAGGGGUAUAACUGUAACUACUGUAAGUAGUCGUUAGGAGCUAUAGAGAUUAUUGGUGAGAAGCAUUUAUGGUGUCUGAGUAGGUAGGUAGAUACCUAGUACAUAGAUAUGCUUGUUUGCAUAUACAGUAGCGGAAAAUAAUCUAUCAUAUUUGUGUUUUUUUUUAAGUAUUUUUUUAUGAGAACGAAUAAGGCUGCCUAAACGAUUAUCAUGUGAAAGUCCUUUAGAUGGAGAGUAAAAUCAUAUACUACAUUUGUAUGACACCAUAUAAGAAACUCGUUUUGUACGAGUUUAUUAAAAAGUGCAUAAAAUAACUAAUACUCGAAAUAUAGGUAAAAGUGGUUUAUUAAUAAAGAAAUAUUAGAUUAGUACUUGGUACUGAAACCCUUUGAAUCAAGAACAGCUUGGCAUCUUCGGGGCAGGGCAAUCUUUCGUUGACAUUUCUUGCACUCACACGACGACCUAGCUCCUUCCAUAGGUUUUCUAUAGGAUUCAAGUCCGGACUUUGGCUGGGCCAUUCCAAGACCCUCACUCUACGUUCUUUGAACCAUUGUUUAACAAGAUUAGACGAAUGUGUCGGAUCAUUAUCUUGCUGAAACAUAAACGCUCUGCCGAAAUUCUGGCGAGCCCAGGGAAGAAACACAUGUUGUAAUAUUCCUUCAUAAACUUCCUUCGUCAUAAUGCCGUUUAUUCGAGUAAACUCCACUUGCACUGAAACAGCCCCACACCAUAAGGGAGCCGCCGCCGUAUUUGACUGUAGGGAGCUGAUACUUGGGGGGGGGGGUUGAUUAUGAAUUAGCACGAUAUUGAAACACAGAAAAAUGAAUUCAAAUUGAAUUUCGAAAUAUGUACCGGCCUGUUAGCGUAUAAUUGGUUGAGAAUAAAUCAAUAUAACCUUUUUUAAUUAGUUAUCAACAAAUGCAGUUCUUGGUUUCAUCUAAUUUAAAAUAUUUUACAGAAAAAUCACAAUAUGAUAGAUUUUUUCCGCUACUGUACGUGAAUUAUCAAAACUGCACUUACAUUUUUUAAAUAAUUGUAUUUGUAUACUUACAAAAUUACACUAGUAAAAUGUUAGAUUUAAGGUACACAGGUUAUUAGAUUGAACCAUUCAGGAUAUUAUAUUCUAAGAGAGAGAGAGAGGAAAACAAUAUAAAUACUGACUUAUGUCUGUCGUUCUCAUCAGUACGUGCCGAAAAAAAGGCUAUCCAAUAAUCCUUGAAACGGCUUCCGUCGAAAGUGUCUUGAGAUUUUCCGUAGUUUUAUAACCGAGUAAAUUAUUUACUGGGCGUUUUCACUUAAAAGUGUACCAUUUACUAAAAUGAUAGUUAAAAAAAGUAAAUGUACUAUUUUUUCUGAAAACCCCCUAUUAUGCAUUUGGAAUACAAACUAUUUGAAUAAAAAGUCUGUAAAACGUAAUUCCUAAAGUAGGUACGUAUCCUUAAAGGGAAUAGCUAAUAACUACUUCUAUAUUUUAGGGAUUCUGUUGUUCUGCCAAACUACCUCAUAUGCAUUGAAAGUACAAACCGUAAAAUUUACCGUUGUUUCAAAAUAUAGUAAGUAUUCGAUCUAAAGCGAAAUCGAAUAGUUGAUGAAUAGUAGUUGUUUGGAAUAGUAGUGUAUCUGUAAUUCUGUCUUCUUCUUUUCAUCCUGUUACCCCCUGCUGGGGUGUAGGGCUCGAACCAUUUUCUUCCACUGACUCCGGUCCUGGGCAGCUUGGGUAACCUCCUCCCACCCCAUCCCCAAUACACCCAACUCUUGCUCCACGGAACGGCGCCAAGUAAAUUUAGGGCGACCAUGUUUCCGUUUUCCGGGCAUCUUCCAGGUUCAGGGCCACCUUGGAUAGGUGGGUGUCAGGCUUCCUGAGGAUAUGCCCUAUCCAAUGCCAUUUGCGCGUUUGGAUCUCCUGUAAUUCUGUAUAAGCUGUAAAAUAUGUAAAAGCGAAAGUAUAUUUUUACAUACCUAGUUACAUCGUGGGAUGAGUUGUUGUCAUUAUUGGGCGCUUUGUCACGUUUUACCGUCACGAUAAAAGAGGGGACCUAAAUGUAUGAGAUUAUAUGCAGUUGCUUUUAAAUUACCGUGGAUGUUGACGUCCACGAUAUAUUGAAAGGGACUGCAUACGAUAAUGCAGGGGUUACCGUGCCGGUACCGUGGACGUCGUGGAGGUUACAAAGUAAAAAGCAUUUAUUUCGCACAUACUCGUAUUACACAGUAUGUAAUUAUAUAAUAGAAUAAAAAACUCCAUAUUAUAAUAUUUAUUUAAUAAAUACAAGCAUUUAUAAAAUAAUGUCUAAUUCAUAUCCGCAACGUAGGGUUCGUCAGGAGGGUACAACCAUAAAUCAACAACAGGCGUCGUCAUUGCACACAAACAAUAAAGCUCAGUCAGGCUUCGUCAUUAAUGUCACUAACUUAAGAAAUACCUAUCCACUUGUGGUUUGUUGUCCGGAUUUGUCGUGGAUUUGCCCAAACAUUCUGGUUGCAUUUCUUAAUCUUUUUGUGGCAAACUAAAGUGGUACAACCGCGAAAGGAAUAACUGCUAUUCUAUUACACUCGCGAUUUUCUAAUGACAUUCGUGGUUUUCCAAGUCGUGUCGGUUUUUUGAAAAUCUUCAAAGUAAACCUCCAACCUAUGAAGUAUUCAACCACACACAGCAACUAUCAAAAUGCACGUAGCGAACACGUUUGCUAAUUAACGUCACAUGUGCCAACUUUGAACAGUUUAUCUUCACGUAGGUAUUGAAAUGGAACGUGCACAUCGACGUUGUGUGUCAAAUUGUCUGGUGCAUGUUUUGCAUGGUGCAGAUUGGCGCGUAUUUGCCUCAACAGCAACUCGGGCCCAGUAUUUAUCGUUGUUUUACUAUCUAUAGUACUUGUGAAAACGACUACGUCUCUUUAUUAAACAUCAAUAUUAAAAAUAUUUUCCUAUAAUAAUAUUAAUAAUCGAUGACAUUAUUUAUAUAAUAAAUGAAAAAGUUACUCAGUACCUAAACAUUUUUUUACAAUUCAGUAUAAAAUACAUAUUAGCUAACAAUUUAAUUCAAUUUAUUGUCCAAUCAUUCAUUAUUUAAACGCGCAACGCACAAAGCUUAACGCAGAUGGCGCUGCAAUCGUUUAAAAUAACAUAGUCAGACCGAGAUAAGUUGGCAGCUAAUUUGACAGCCCCGCUGACUUCUAUGAAAUUAUGACGUUUACUUAACACUUGCGCAAGCUGGGCUAUCAAAAUGGCUGCUAACUUAGUUUGGUCUGACCUAGCAUUGGCAUAUGUAAUGACAAAGCUUUGUGCGUUUUCCUCAUUAUUUAUUGCUUAUUGAAUGUUAGCUGUGCACAUAUUUCUUACAUAUUAAUAUUAGGUAAGGUACAUAAUAAUAUUAUAAAUGUAUUAAUUUAUUCCUAAUUUAGAAAACGUAUAGCCUGACUAGUAAUACAUAUAUGAUCACGCGCCAUUGCGGAAUAUCACUGGAACUUUUCAUACUAUACUGAACUGUCACCCUAAUCACCCUAUACGAGGGCGGUUCCAAAAGUUGUUAGUUGCUCCGGCUCUACUCGUGCGAUUACAAUAUUAUUUAUACCAUUGUGAGGGAUAUUUUAAUGCUAAUGAUGGGCAUGUUUUUUAAUUAAUGCGAAUAGUUAUUUGUUAUAUAUUUUUAAUUGUAGCUGUUUUAUAUGGAGUUAAGAAUUGCGUAGAAAAAAACGGCAAAUUGAGGCAUAAUUAAAUGAAUUAUGUAUUGAAAUCUUUGAAAAACUAACUUAAAUUUACUAGUUAUUCUGUUCCUUCCUAUUUCCAAUGUAUAAAUCGGUAAAUAAUGUUAGAUAUAUACAGUUUUUUAAAUAUUUGAAAUGAAUGACCGCGGGCGACAAAACUCCCCACUUUGUCGCUUGUAAUAAGGACAAAAUUUGUGUGUAUCUUUAUAAGAAUAACCUGUCAAGGCAUCCUUUUUUACUUUUAAUGAAAUGACUCUUUGUUGACAGUGUCGACACCUAUUAAAUCAUAAUAGAGAGAGAUUCGUAAUUAGCAGCACCUAAAAAAACUAACUGUUUUUUUAACAAAUACUGUUUACAAAAUAACAGCACAUAUGGAGUCUCAAUUACUCAUUUUCAUGACUAAUAUAUGUAAAAACUAAGCGUUUUCUAAAAAUGUUGUUACACCUCUUUAGUACCUAAGUACUUACUGAAAGAUCCCUCACAAAGGUAUAAACUAACUAACUAACAACUAACAAUUUUUGGAACAGCCCUCGUACAUGAGAAUAACAGCGCCAUCUUGACAAUGAUCAUAUAUUACUGGUCAGGCUUUACUUAACAUACUUUUUAAGCAAUUUUUAUAGUAGGUACCAAAUUGCUAUGUAUUUUUUAAUAUUUUAUGAUUAAAGCCGGUCAAACAACUUUGUCAGUAGAAAAAGGCGCGAUAUUCAAAUUUUCUAUGGGUCGAUAACCCUUCGCACCUAUACAUAGAGUCGGACCAAGGGAACUUAUUUUUUUAAAUUUGCCGAUUUUUCUAUUGAAGCCUAGCCUCCUAAGGCCCUGUGUCAUAAAUAUAUUACAUAGAGUUUUUAGUCUACAUUAGUGCUGAAGUUGAAAUUUGUCUGAAAUAGAUGACGUCACCGGGCCUUGGGGCUAGGCUAGACAAUAUGAAUAGAGUCCGGCUGAUCCUAACUCUUCACAGAAUUUGAUGUCAGAAAGUGUGGAGUGCCAUUAUAAACGAUUUAGCUUGGCUAAUUAUUCACGAACAUUUUGGGAUAGGUAAAGUGAGUAGUUUGCCAUUAAUACCUCGUAUGUGUAUAAGCACUGAUCAGUGCGAACGAAUUUAAAUUUAAAUUAUAUUGUAUUAAGCAAUGAAUUUAAAUUCAUUAUCUCCUUAAUGGGCCAGUGGGCCUAUUACCACCACACUCGCUAUGGUCCCGACGUCGGGCCUGAGCAAGAGAGUUUUUCCGUUUCACCAAACAUCAGCACAUCUUUUACAAUAUUUGACAUGUAAAAAAUACUUUGUCUCUAAUUGCCAAAAAUGUUCAAUGUUUGAUAUUUUUGCAUAUGUACCAUUAUUUUACAUUUCAAUUUAAUUAGCAUUUAUUCUAUUCUCAUAUCUCUAUUAGUUUCAUAAGGCCAGUCCAGGCGGGAACAUUUUUUUGCCAACCUGAUUAAAUUGUCUGAUCAAAUCAGGUGGUGCGGAAACGCCCAUUUCGACCGCCAAUUAUGAUUAUGACCGAUAUUAUUCGCGACUGGGGGCAUUUUUUUAUUUAGAGCGCUUAAUUAUCACCAUAAAUGUAUAAUUUUGACGCCCAUUUCUUUUCUGAUCAAAUCAGUUGAUUUGAUCAUCUCACCUGGACUGACUUGGACCGACUUUAUCUUCUAGUUUUUUAAAUCGUAACUAUUGUCUUUAUUUUGAUUAUUAAUUUAUGAAUUAAGUAAUAUGAUAUCAAUUAAAAUGUUAUGUAAACAACAUAA